GGGGUAAAUGGCAGGUGUAAGUACCUUGUGUAGUGUAUGCCUAGCCUACUCUGCUGGGCUUGGCGUAAGUGGAACGGUGCACUCGACGGCGAAGGCAAUGGGAAAACGGUUCCAGAAACGGGGGCGGCGUUUUCAGCUGAGUCAUCCAAACCCCUGUCAAAAACGGCUCCCAUAGAUAAUCUUCCCCUCACUGGCUUAUCUAUGGGAGAGCGGACGGGAUCCCGAGUUUUCCAGAGGGUAUGGUCGUAUGUGAUAUUUCAAUGGGUUUCAUAUGCCUAUAAAAUCAGACGUUCGGAUGACAAAGCCUCGUCGUUGUUGAUGAGUUGACUCUGGUUCUGGCUGAUUUGGAGGUCAAGUGUAUGGAAUCAAAUGCUUGUUUUGUGAAUAGAGGUAUGCUUACGGCCUAAACUGCAUCUGGUACCCAACGUCAAUAGCGACCACCACUUUACGUCUGAUGAAACCGAAGGCAAGUAGCCAAGAAGUGGUAUAAACAUUAUCCAAAAAGGGGUAACGAUGAAG